AUGGUAGUGACGGCAUGUGCCAUAGGUGGCGGACCCCUCGCCGACACGGCCAGAAAGCUCUUCGCACAGGGAUGUCCUGAGCUCAUUGACACCCACAGGCACUCCGCGUUUGAAGCCGACCCUUCUCAGUUCCACAAGGUGUUCAACGAAAAGAUUCACGAUGUGCUUCAGCACUAUACCUAUGACUCCUCACAGGUCGACUCAUGGAAGACUGACAUCGUUGCUGCGUGCGGCGAUGCAGUUCAGGGAAGCGGCUGGCGGUUCCAGUUUGAGUGUGCCAUCAUUCCAGCUGCAGAAGAGCUUCCAGCAUGGAGUGUUCCCGAAGCACCAGAGUUCGACAAAGAGGAGGAUAUGUUGCUCGUGCUGGAGAACCCAUCAGACACAUACAAAGUGAGGCUAACGGCAAUUGGAAAGCCAGAGGCACCAGGUGCUCCUCCAGUUCAGCCAAGUCAGCCACAGCAGCCUCCGCGUCCAGUCCAAGCCGGGGAGGAGCCGGGGAAGCUGCGGCACGGUGAUGAAGAGCAGGCAGAGGAAUUCAAAGCAGCAAUAUCCUUCGAGGCGCACGCAGCUGCCUUUGAGCCGGCCACGGGGCCCGUCACAACAGCCGAGGCGAGAACUGAGCAACCAGCCGCGACCGCUUCGUCGGAAGAGCUGCAGCCCGCAUACGUAGAGGACGAGCAUCAAAUUGCCCCCUUUGAAGACGAGCCCCUCGAGAGCGAGGAGGAGGCACCUAGCAUCGCUGCAACCACAGCAGCGGCACUGCAGUUGGACAAGGAAUCUGCAGCUUCGGACGUGCGCGUGCCAAACAACGUGCCAGAGGUGGCAAGAUCCACAGAGCAACCCGACCAGGUCCAGGAGGCUAGGAUUGAGACUCCGCCACAGGAAUCUGCAGCUUCGGACGUGCACGUGCUCAACAACGUGCCAGAGGCAGCGCCUCCUGCAAGUCCUGAAGCAAUUCCUACACAUAGAGAGGUGGCGGACUCCUCGCCGACACGGCCAGAAAGCUCUUCGCACAGGGAUGCCGACCCUUCUCAGUUCUACAUGGUGUUCAACGAAAAGAUUCAGGAUGUGCUUCAGCACUAUACCUAUGACUCCUCACACGUCGACUCAUGGAAGACUGACAUCGUUGCUGCGUGCGGCGAUGCAGUGCAGGGAACGGGCUGGUGGUUCCAGUUUGAGUGUGUCAUCAUUCCAGCUGCAGAAGAGCUCCGAGCAUGGAGUGUUCCCGAAGCACCAGAGUUUGACAAAGAGGAGGAUAUGUUGCUUGUGCUGGAGAACCCAUCAGACACGUACAAAGUGAGGCUAACGGCAAUUGGAAAGCCAGAGGCACCAGGUGCUCCUCCAGUUCAGCCAAGUCAGCCACAGCAGCCUCCACGUCCAGUCCAAGACGAGGAGGUGACAAGACCUGCCGUGCAACCCGAGCAGGUCGAGGAGGCUAGGAUUGAGACUGCGCCAGAGGAAUCUGCAGCUUCGGACGUGCACGUGUCAAACAACGUGCCAGAGGCGGCAAGACCUGCGGAGCAACCCGACGAGGUCGAGCAAGCUGCGGUUGAGACUCCUCCGCAGGAUCUGGAUGUGCCAGAGGGAAGUGAUGAGGAGUACGCAGACGACAUCGAGGACGAAGAUGAGGUGGAUGAGGAUGCAGAAGAGGUGGUGCCCACUGGCGUCUCCGAGCAGGGCAAGGCGGGUCCCGUUCCACCCACUGACGAGGAUGAGUCCCCACUCUCUCAUCGCUCCACGAAACGAUACGUCCCGCGACGCUUGCCUUUGCCCAAGCCACCGACGGAAGAGGAAGCCUUCUCUGAAGCGGCUUUGCGGAAGAGAGCGGAGCAGAAGCUGAAGCAGUCCAUGCAGCUGACAGCAAUGAAUAUUCCAUCAGUGACAAACUAUCCCAAGCCAUUUGCGGGCCGCAUUGAGCUUACGCUGGACACCCUAUCUGCCGAGGCCCAACGCAGCUUCCUGCGGGUGGCUCGUUUCGAAGCAGAGACUUGGCUACGACAACAGCAGCAAAGCUGUGAGACGCAGGUUCGAAUCGCCAGGCGACAGGCAAGGCUCCUAGACCAACUUGCCGAGUGGAGGGACCGGAAAGACAAGGAGGAGCAGGAGGAGCGAAAGCGACUCGAAGAGCUCGAGCGUGAGCACGAGGAGCGCGAGCAGAAGGACAGAGAGCGAUGGCGGAAGCGUGGCGAAGAGCUCCGACAAUGCCUAGCCGGCUGGGCAGCCGAGAAGAACCAACAAGAACAAGAGAAGACACAGGCAGCAGAGAGAGCUCAAAAAGAAGAGGAAGAAAAGAGGCGGCAGAAGGAGGCAAGGUACCGCGAAAAGCAACGUGAGCGACUCCAGGAAUGGCAGCGCCAAAAGAUGGAGAAGCUUGAGGAGCAGAGGCUCGCAGAGGAGCAAGAAGAAGAAAAGGAGGCCGCCGAAGCGGCCAGGAAGCAAAGUGCUGUGCGAAGAGGGCGCCGAAGGAAAGCUAUGAAGCGGCUCAAGGAGGGUCCAAAGCGGCGACCCAUGCCCAAAGAUGGGGCUGUAUCCAACGAUCCAACCGUCAUCGAAGAUGCGGGCUCUGAUGCGAAAUCAAGCGCAUAG